CUCAUAGCAGAGCAUGCUGAGCUUAGGUUAGGGAAAAUAUAUUGAAUUGUAGUGCCGUGUAGUCCGGUAGAAGUUCACCAAUGUUUGUCGAACCUCAAGUCCUAUAUCUAUUAUUGUUCCAGUAAUACCAUAAUGUAAUGUACUUCAUAGAAAACAUAUAAUCUAUGAGUGUAACGCAACUAGUGGAUAACCAAUGAAAGAAGCGAGUGGGAUUUUAUUUUGGCGCGUAUUCUUUAGUUUAGAUGUAAGUGUUAUAUCGGUCAUUAGCUUUUGGGUGAAGAGUUUAUUGAUUUAGGAACAUCAGGUGAAUUGUAUAUUUCGUCUGUCGUCAUGCCAUCUGAAACUGAAGUAAUCCUUCGUUUUGUAAAACUAUCUGAGAAAGCCCUAGCACCACUUAAGGGUUCUGCAAAAGCUGCUGGCUUCGAUCUCCGAAGUGCGUAUGAUGUAACGGUCCCAGCAAGAGGGAAAGUGUUAAUAAAAACCGACUUGCAGAUAAAACUUCCACCAGGUUGUUAUGGUCAAAUUGCACCUCGUUCGGGACUUGCACUGAAACACCAUAUUGAUGUAGGAGCGGGUGUUGUGGACGAGGACUACCGUGGCAACCUAGGUGUUGUUCUCUUCAACCAUUCUGACCAGCCUUUUAAUGUUUCUCAUGGGGACCGAAUAGCACAACUUAUCUGUCAGAAAAUUUAUUAUCCAGUGCUACAAGAAGUAGAGGAACUGGAUGAAACUGAGCGUGGGAAGAAUGGAUUUGGUUCAACAGGAAGUAAAUGAAGUGGAUUCUGUGUGUGUAUUUACAUGUAACUCUUAGAUUUGUGAUAAACCUGUUUUGAAGCAUUUAUAAGAAUUGUUUCCUACUUAUGUGGUACUGAUUAAAACCUAAGAAUAAUGCAACAGUAGUGACUUAUGUGCACUCUAUAUACUUAUGAAAAAUGUAAACAAGGACCUGCAGGUUGAUUUCAACUUGACUACUGAUAGACCCAGUGCUAUGGGCUUUGCAGGAAUUUCCAGCUUGUUUAGUAUAAGCUACAAUAAUAUAAGGGUGAACUCUAUGCUCAAAGUAUGAUGCUAAAAAUAUUUUUCAUCACUCCAAGAUUCUGGUGAAAAAUCCAUCGCAAAACCGUCAGACAAUCUUCCUACUGCAGACGGAUGCCAGCUUCAGAUCCAAUUACAACAUUAUCAGAUUCUUAAUAUUACUUAACACUGACAACCCAUCUUCACAAAAAGGCAGCCUGUUCAGUUAUAAAUGUGGUCUUACCAUAGCAUUUGAUAUAGGAUAUUCUUCUUCUAUGGCUCUCCGGUCUGUAUUCGGUCCAUGGCCUCCUCAAUUCGGUCCCAUUGUUAGGUCCAUUAGGUUUUGAAACAUCUUCCUUUUUAUGGUGCAAGGUUAUUAGCCUUGCGACCAACCCCCAACCUGGAGGACCAGGGUACCUGU